AUGCGUACAUUUCUGAAUAUGGAGGACCGUCGUUUGGCUUUGGCCUCAAGCAUCGUUGAGGCCACACAAUCAGAGGUGUGUAUAGGCACCAUAACUAAUCGCGGGGAGAAAGAGGAGCUUAUUCACGAUCUAGUGAAGUUCUUGCGCACCAUCUGGAGGACGACAGAAAUGUUGGAGGAAUGGCGGAUAUCCACCAUCGUACCUGUCUUUAAAUGGGUAGAAAGCUCUAUCAAAUUAAAUGAUAUUCGUGGAUUUGACUGUGAAAUUGUAUGCCACAUACUCCGAAGUUCAGGGGAGCAUUGCAUUGCUGUUGCAGUGCUUUUUCGGGAUCGUCUCACAAAUGGCGCGGACAACAAGAAACAGUAG